AAGCCUGUAAAUAUUGUGGCCAACUAACUUUUUUAUGUCACUUAAAUUUUCUGAGAAUUUACGCUAUAAAAAGGAACAUUUACAAGCAAAAAUUCAGUUACUGCAACAUGUGUGUAUGGGUGCUGGUCACGUUGCUCAUCGGGGUUUCGAGCCGGGUAUUCUGUCAGGGAGAAAAUCAACAUCAUGUAUUCCGCGACUUCCACAUGAAUCAGACCAUUCUCCGCGAUGUAGAUAAGACACUUGAUAGUGUAUUGGAAAACUUUCUUACACCUUCGAGUUAUACAUCAAUCCACAACGUAAAAUUGAAGAAUGGAUAUGGAUCGCAUAAUAAUUGGAAUAUUACGGCUAUUGGAUCGUGCAUUCUUAAUGAUAUCGAUAAAUUAUCAGAACAAUUUGGAAUCAUGAAUCAACCUUUUCCGGAGAUGAUCGUCACUUCUACAACCACUCGUUAUUACUCGUUGGAUUCCGUAUUCAAAUUUGUCCACGAUAAUCAGCGAUCUUAUUUUGCAGAUUCAGUUUAUCAUGAACUAUACCGAUUUCCAUGGAAACUGAUUCCCCUGGCGUCAAAAUCAGUAUCAAAUUUCAAAGAAUAUUGUCAAAAGAAUAAGUACCUGAAAAAAGGCUAUCUUUCCGGAGAAUCGUUAACGUCUAAAAAUCGGGAAAAGUAUAAUAUUCGCCGUGUCCUGAGGACACCGAUUUUCAUAAACGAUUGGAAACAUUACAUUAUUGGCGUUCGUCAAUGUCUAUCGUCACCAAAACCUUAUUUCAACCUUCCUAAAGCAGCUAUUGACAUCAUAAAAUAUCCACCAGAAGGUGCAGCCGCGAUAGUUAAGAGCCGUCUGAGAAAACCGAUUCCUCGCCAUCCCCCGUUAAACCAGAAAACGUACAGUACGUACGAAGCGGUAGCAUGUCAAAUGGUCACACCUACAACUGAAGCCUAUUACCAAUGUUUAAAGGAAUUGAGAAGGAUUGAUGGUUGUGCAGUUAAAAGAAUGGAAAAGGCUGCAGAACGAAAAGCCCUCAGGGCUUAUCGCAGUCGUAAAUUCUGGCCUUCUGCUGUAAAACUUACUGAGAGUAUUGGAGAUCUCAAUGACAGCUGCAAACUCGACCAUAAAGCCUCGACGAUGACGUGUUUCAUAUCCGACCAGUCUGGUGACAAUUCCAAUCAUACAUUAUUCCUGGGUAAUUAUCCGAAGCUGACAACAGUUGCUGGAGAGGCCCAGAAGAUGAUACGGAAUAUGAUAGAACUCAUGCUGCAAAGUCAAGUGGGUGCUGAUGCUCUUGAUGAAAUCGAAACUUACGUUUAUAUAUAUCAUCGAAGCGUUGAAGCGCAAGAUGAAUUGAGCAAAACUGCUGGGAGAAGUCAUCGAGCGAGAGAUAUGUAUCUGAGGAUGACUAACAAUGUGGAAACGUAUAAGCAACAUCUGGCGAGGGUUGCCUUCGGAGCAAUUAAUGAUGUUCGCACAGUUAUCAAUACUGUGGAGGGAACUCUGGUCAAGUCAAUGUCGCGGUUUUUAGGAAUUGAUUCCUCGGAGCAUGUGAGAACUAUGAGAUGUUUUGAUGAAUUUGUCGACUCUAUUAUAGGACCUUGGUUCGGAUUUGGGGGUUCUGAUCACAGUCAUCCAAGUUUACAAAAACCAGCUAGGCCGAUGAAUGAUGGGACAAAGCCAAGUAUAUUGAAACCUGAUGGGACAAGCCCAAGUAUAUUGAAACCUAAUGUGACAAGCCCAAGUAUAUUGAAACCUGAUGGGACAAGCCCAAGUAUAUUGAAACCUGAUGGGACACCACCAGAAAAUUUGGAACAUGAUCUACCAGAAAAUGCUACACCAGUAAUAGACAAAGAAGGACAUGAACAAUUAGGAGAUCCACUAGAUCAGCCAAAUAAAGAAGAGCGUCUCCGAAAAUCGGAUGAAAUCGAAUUUAUGUUUUCAAAUGGCUGGAUAAAUAAACUGGACGAUUUUCACGAGUCGGGGGAAGCCCCCGCAAGACGUGGUGUUAUUCCACGCGCAGAAGCGGCACGGAACCUGAUGAAUUCAUUGAAACGUCUGGGUAAUGCGAAAUUGUUACGGAGACAAAGUACAAUUACUUCGCUUGCUAACACUUUCCUUCUGGCCACGAUGUUUUAUGAAUGCAUCACUGUCUUAGCGGCUGCUAUCUAUCGAACCGAACGUAACAUCGAGUUUGGAUCACCAACAGUUUCUCCGCAUCCGAUUUCUCAGAUGGGUCCUGAAAUAGUUACAAGUGGUUAUGAUCACGAAUCGUGGGAGAAAGAGUCUUAAACCAAAAGCUGAGAGAUUUCCACAUACAACAGGAAUCGUAGAUCUUUCUACUCAUUUAAUUAUUCCGACACUUGCUUUCGAAAUAAGAAAAAUGUUUAAUGACGAAUUUAUCUAUUUCAAUAUUAUAUGAAUCAUCCUCAAUAUCGGUUUAUAGUUGUUAGAAAAAUAAUUGCGCUGGUGGUUGUGGAAAUAAUGUACGUGUAAACGACAAUAAAAACUGAGAAGUG